CAUUUUCCCAUCUGAAGACUCAAGAAAGUGCCUGGAAAGAUUUUAAUGUCAUUUUUUGCAUUUUUUUAAUGAAAUAUCUCAAAUUAUUUCUCGAUUAUUCUUGAUUUUAUUGACUUUUAUUCCUUUUUCUAUAUUGGACCUCACAUAUAUAUGUUGCAUUCACUUAUUUGUAUGAAUUUUAUGUCAUUGCAUUUGCUACAAAUUUUCUGUUUUAACCAUUGAUUUACCAAAAUCUUAUUCCUCAUUGGCAUACUCCAAUUUUUUUGCUUACAACCAAACUGGUUGCAUCCUUCUGAUCUUAUCAAGUCAUGGAUGACCUGCAGAACAUCAGUACCAUGUGGCCAGGUCAUAUUUUUCCUUCGGACAACUCUCUGCUGAGGUAUCUAAAUAGCACUGAAGAAUACUUGGCGUACUUGUGUGGGCCAAAGCGCAGUCGCUUAUCGCUGCCCAUGACUUUAGUUUAUGCCUUUAUCUUUUUGGUGGGGGUCUGUGGCAACAUGCUGGUGUGUCUGGUGAUCUUGAAGCACCAUAACAUGAGGACUCCGACAAACUACUACCUGUUCAGUCUGGCAGUUUCAGACCUCCUGGUCCUCCUUCUUGGGAUGCCUCUUGAAGUCUAUGAGAUGUGGAGCAACUACCCUUUCCUUUUUGGUGCUUGGGGCUGUUAUUUUAAGACAGUGCUUUUUGAGACUGUGUGUUUUGCCUCCAUUCUUAGCGUGACCACGGUCAGUGUGGAAAGAUACGUGGCCAUCAUGCAUCCCUUUCGAGCCAAACUCAAGAGCACCCGAAAAAGGGCACUAAGAAUACUCAUCACUCUUUGGAUCUUCUCCAUUCUUUUUUCCAUUCCCAAUACCAGCACACAUGGCAUCCUACUGCAGUACUUCCCCAAUGGAAGUCUUGUUCCUGACUCUGCCACUUGUACAGUGGUUCAACCCUUGUGGAUUUACAACUGUAUCAUCCAAGUCACAUCUCUUCUGUUCUAUGUGCUGCCAAUGGGAAUCAUCAGUGUCCUUUACUGUCUGAUGGGCAUUAAACUCAGGGGCGAUCAUUCAUUGGAAAAUGACAAAAUGUCUGUUAACAUACAGAGACCAUCCCGGAAAUCAGUCACAAAGAUGCUGUUUGUCUUGGUCAUGGUCUUUGGCAUCUGCUGGGCCCCCUUCCAUGUGGAUCGACUUUUCUUUAGUUUUGUUUUAGAUUGGACUGAAUCCCUUGCCAAUGUCUUUAACCUCAUCCAUGUUGUUUCCGGAGUCUUCUUCUAUCUGAGCUCGGCUGUCAACCCUUUGAUCUACAACCUUCUUUCCAGACGCUUUCGUUCUGCAUUCAAAAACUUUCUACCCCCUCUCUUCAAGCAUUGGACCCCCAAACUUCCUGUGCCAGUGCUUGUUCCCCAGAAGAGCACUUUGAUCUUGGUCAAUCGAGUCCGCAAAGACUCUGCUGAAGAAGGAAGUCCAUCGUUUCCUCAUCGUACUUCUGUCUGUAGCUCUCAUCUCUCUACUGUGCUAUGACAAGUCCAUGGCCACCUGGGUAGUAUCUGGUGCUUACAGAGCAUAAGCAUUGGACAUGUCAGUAGUCAAUGGGUCACCGUCAAAAAGAGAUGAAAAAUCUCUUUGUGGGAAUGACCAUAGCCAAUGCCCAGACCAUAGCUGAUGCAGUCUUAACAGAAAUGACUUAACAGCUUAAAGGACCACUUCCAUCAAAAGUGUACACAAUUAUCACAUAAAAAAAGAGUAAAUCAUGUUUUGCUGGAUUAACAGUGAUACCUUAUUGAGAUGACAAUUCAAAAAUUGUACAAAUAAAGAUGUUUUGUAAAGGGUGGUCAUCUGUAACAAAAAAACUAGUCUGGAUAAGGGAAUGGUUUUUACUCAUACAAACUGGGGGUGAAAUCUGGUUUGAAAAUCAGGUGAACAUAAUGAGAAAACUUUGAGUCUGAAAAUCCAUAAAAUGCUUGUUUUUCCAAAGAAAAGAAAUAAAUAUAAAAACGUUUUAAAAAGCCAGACUUUGACACUACAUUGCUGUUUAUAUACUUAUUUCCCUUUAUUUAUUUAGCUUUUUGCCCUUUUUAUCAAGGCCAUACUUAUCUAAGCCUAUGAAGAAAACAAUAAAGCUGUCACUCUGUUUUUCCCAUCUUUCACUUACUAUUAUUCAGAGAUGGAGAUAACCUCUUUCCUUUGCAGCAGGUUGUUAACUGAGAUUGGUUUGCCCUACCAUUCAGAAAUUAUAACCAUUUGGCUUUCAAAUGUAUAGUUCUGUCAAAAUAGAAAAAAAAUAAACUUCCAAUAUGACUGAGAAAAAAAAAAGGUUUCCUUAAAUGGUGUGUUUAAAUUAAUGUCCCCUUUCUGAUGGAAGUGUUCCCUUUAAUAAUUUCAUUGCAAAAGUGGAGUAAAGCAUGCUGCUCUGUGCGUGCAGAUCACAUUGGGAAAUGUGUUUUCUUAUACUUCAUGCCUUGUGACCGUAAAGCAGAAAUAUGGCUUUAACAUCUAUUCUUUCAUAUGACUGACAUAUGACUGACAGGUGUAAAAAACAUGAUUUUUUAAAAGGAAUUGUGUGAAAAAAAUGUAUGCUUAACUAAAAAGAUCCUCUAUUGAAAAACAUAGCUCUGACUUUUUUGUUGAAGUUACUAUUACCUAGUACGAUCCUUUACCCGCCAUGUGAGAUUUUACACAGUAUAUAAACUGUAAUCAUACCAUUUUUAUUACAUAAUUUCAUGUUAUUUUUACAAACAGCUAAUAAUUAUUUAAAACAACAAAAGGACUGUCCUUCAUGGUGUUCCCAUGGGAUCAUGGUUAGCAAUGGAUUUGAAUGAUUAUAUGUCAACAUGACUUCAGGUCAGUAGCCCCAGUGGUUUUGACACUUUACUGCUAUAGCCAACGAUUGGCUGCAUUGGUAAUGUUUUGUAAACGUCAUACAAACUUUUGACAUGUCAUAUGGACAAGUUUUGAUUGGGUGUUUAAACUCCCAUUGAUUGGUAGAACAAGUCGGAACAAGUUUUUGUGAGUGACAAUGACAAUUUAAACCCUUCCAAUCCAAUUUCCUCCAAGGUAGGCAGAGUCAAAGAGG